AACGAAAAAAGAAAAUCAGCCGAAAGAUGUCUUUUUCAAGAGGAAAGAAGACUUGUAGUAAUAUUCCUAAACUGCAUACCAAGGUACCCGGGAUGGAGAAUCAGGAGGAAGGCUUCCAUGUUAAGAGGUCUCCCUCCUCUCCCCAAGGAGCCCCUAAGAAGAGAUCAGCCUUUGUUGAUAUCACCAAUGCAAACAAGACCCAGGUCAGCAACCUAACCAAGAAGGAGAAGACCACCAAGAAGACCCAGAAGAGCAGCACAGUAGUUACCAAAAAUGAAGCCAACCUCAAAAAGAAGGCCCCUGCCAGUUUGGAGGGGGAGCCUGAGAAGAUGAAAGUAGGGAGAUUGCCUGUUGAAGAACUGGAAGAGUCGCCACCAAAGGAUCCUCCAUGUGGCAAGUGGCAGCAGGUGCCUGAGGAGUUUGACAUCGACAAAGAGCACAGCAGUGACUGCUUCAUGACUUCUGAGUAUGCGAAAGAGAUCUUCGACUACCUAAAGGGCAGAGAGGAGAAGUUUGUCCUGGAGGAUUAUAUGCACAAGCAGCCUGACCUGAACAAGGACAUGAGAGGCAUUCUGGUGGACUGGAUGGUCGAGGUCCAGGAAAACUUUGAGCUGAACCAUGAGACGUUGUACCUGGCUGUGAAGCUGACUGACCACUACUUGUCCAGUACCGUGGCCAUGAGGGAGACUCUGCAGCUUAUUGGUUCCACGUCCAUGCUCAUUGCCUCCAAGUUUGAGGAGCGCUGUCCACCCUGCAUCGAUGACUUCCUGUACAUUUGUGAUGAUGCCUACAAGCGGGAGGAGCUCAUUACCAUGGAGAUCAACAUCCUGCAGACGCUGAAGUUUGACAUCAAUAUCCCAGUGCCCUACCGCUUCCUCCGCAGAUAUGCCAAGUGUGUGCGUGCCAGCAUGGAGACUCUGACACUGGCGCGCUACGUGUGCGAGCUGAGCCUACUAGAGCAGGAGUUGGUGCCCGUGCGGGCCUCCCACCUGGCCAGUGCCUGUCUAUUGCUGGCCCUCAUCAUGAAGGAGCUGGGAGGAUGGACGGCCAUUUUGGAGUACCAUACGGGCUACACUGUGUCAGAUCUGUGCCCGUUGGUGAGGAGGCUCCACUCCAUGGUGACCCACCCCACUGAUGACAAGCUGAAAGCUGUGAGGAGCAAAUACUCCCACAAAGUGUUCUUUGAGGUGGCGAAAAUCCCUGUUAUGGAUGUUCAGAGACUAGAAGAGGCUUUGAAGUAA